GGUGAGGACGGUAGUUUCGAGGCUUUUGGAGUGAUGGCGGAUUGAACACUGAAUAGAUAAUAGAUGGUGGCUGUAAUUUAUUUCUUUGAGAUCUGGUCCUCCUACAAUCACAGUUAACCUUUACUCCUCCAGCAAAUCAGCAUUAAAUGCUGGAAUAUUUUCCUAUCAGUCUACAAGUGAAGAAGAAAGACUUUAUGAAAGAAAUGUGAGAACAUGAGUGAUCCAGAACCCUGCAGAAUAAAACAUGAAGAUACUGAAGAAGAAAAAGACUUGAUCAAAGAGAAUGAGAAAGAGACCGAAGACCUGAGUGAAGAAGAGGAGAAACCUGUCAAAUCUUUGAGUCACCCACAGACUGAGAAAAUGUUUUCCCUGAAAAGAUCCAAAAAAUCUUUAACCUGCCUUCAUUGUGGGAAGAGUUUCACGCGUAAAGGAAACCUUAAUGAACACAUGAAUAUUCACACUGGAGAGAAACCACACACAUGUGAUCAGUGUGGGAUGAGUUUCAGACAUAAAAGAAACCUUAAUGAUCACAUGAAUAUCCACACUGGGGAAAAGCCACACACAUGUGAUCAGUGCGGGAAGAGUUUUGCACGUUCUAGGUAUUUUAAAUCCCAUAUGCUCUCUCAUUCGGGAGAAAGACCAUAUAACUGUGAGCAGUGCGGUAAAAACUUUUCUCUGGCAAAUUCCCUGAAGAACCACCUGAUCGUUCAUUCAGAGGUGAAGCCUCACCUGUGUUCGUUGUGUGGAAAGAGUUAUAGUCAGCUGGGCUUUUUAACACAGCACCAGAAAAGACACAGCGGUGUGAAGGAUCAUUUGUGCUGUUAUUGCGGGAAGACUUUUAUUACAAAUAAAGAGUUAAAACAGCACCAGAAGAUCCACACUGGAGAAAAACCUUACAGGUGUUCACACUGUGACAAGAGAUUCAAUCGUCCGGGGAUCUUGAAAUCACAUGAGAGGAUCCACACCGGAGAGAAGCCGUUUCACUGCCAUACAUGUGGCAAAAGUUUCACUCAUUGUAGUUCUCUGCAGAAUCAUAAAAAAAACAAAUGUCUGAAAUAAAGCUGAAUUUAUGGAAAUACCAAGCUCUUGCCAGUACAAUGAUGCAUCUUCAGCAAACGUGACAGUCAAUUUGCUUUAUUUAUUUAGUAACCAUUGGGUUUUUUCACCCCGUAAUAUAUACAACAGUUAUGUUGCAUUAUGAAGGAAUUAUUAUUACAGUUAUUUAAUAUACAUGUCCCUGUGUAUUUUGGGAAGCUGUAAAAGCAUCUUAACACUUUUUAGUGGUAUACGUAUCUGGUGUUUAUUUUUAAAUUAUCUUUACUGUUGUGCUUAGGAAAUCUAGUUACUCUACCACUUAUGACAUAUUUACUAAGUGUGGAUGUUAUUAAUAAUCUUGUAGCAACAACAGCCUAUUUUUUUUCUUUUUUUUUAUUAAUAUGUUUUGGCUAUCUUGUAAUUCAAUAAAGAGAGAUACCUACCUUUUUAAAAUAUAUUAUAUAAAUGUGCAACAAAACAAAAAAACAAAAAGGGGUAUCUUUAUUUUUUGUAAAAAGCAAGCUUUCUUUUCUUGAUGAGCUGACUCCGGCUUCAGUCCACUGCUUGUGAAGGUCUUCGAAGUUCUUGAAUCGUCUUUUUCGACAAUAUUUCCAAGGCUGUGGUCAUCCCUGUUGCUUGUGCACCUUUUCCUAACACACUUUUUCCUUCCAGUCAACUUUCUAUGAAUAUAUUUUGAUACAGCACUCUGUGUACAGCCAGGCCUUUCAGCAAUGACCUUCUGUGUUGAUCAUUGUCUUCUGGACAACUGCCAAGUCAGUAGUCUUUCCAAUAAUUGUGGUUAUAUUGUGGUGACAUAAUAUUGUGUGUAUUUGCUCAAGAAGAUGCAAAAGUGAACUCAAUUUGUAACCCUGAUAGUUCAGCUGAUUAUAUAUAUUUUUUAGGGGGGCUGAGAAGACAAAUAAGAUUAUAUUAGAUUCAAUUUAUUGUCAUUAUGCAGAGUACAAGUACAGAGCUAAUGAAAUGCAGUUAGCAUCUAACCAGAAGUGCAAGAAUACAGUGUUUUAUAUACAUAGAAGUGCAGAGUAAGUGAAGCUAUGAUUUCCAGAAUGUACAGUGGAGCUGCUAUAUACAGUUUUGAGCAGAAUAUAAAUAGGAAUGUAAUGUAGGGAUUGUAUGUACAUUAUGAACAGAGCAAUGUUGGAUUAUAUAAACAUUAUGAACAGACUCAAUGUGAGAACAGUGGUAAUACAGUUGGAUGAGUGUGCAAAGGUAUUGUUAAACAAUGUAUUGUAUGUAAAAUUACAGUAGUGCAAUGAUAUUUUUAUAGAAAUAGUUUACUGUGCUUUGUACAGUUUACAUUAAUAGCUAGAACAGUGUGCAGUCUGUGCAAAAUAUGAGUAGUACAAAUACAUGUAUAUGAAGGGGCUGAAGCCCACUUAAAAAGGUUCUUGAACUGCCCCUGGUUGCAGCAAAAAGUAAUAUACUGUAAUAACUGUAAUGUCUUUACUUUUGUAGUGCAUUACUCCCAACAAACAAUUAAAUCCUUUCCCUUUCAUUUUAGCCUCAAUAAAAGAGAAAGAGACUGAA